AUGGAGGCUAAUACAACGAAUAAUAUUAAAAUAAUUCGAGUAGCUGGUGUACCUGAACAUUUUAAUGAGCCAUGGAAAAUAGGUUUAGAAGAAAAUCUAUUUAAAAAUGAAGGUAUUCAUAUUGAAUGGUAUUCAAUAAAAGAAGGUACUGGUGCUAUGAUCAAUAAAUUAAAAUCAAAUGAAGUUGAUGUUAUUGUUGCAUUAACUGAAGGUUUAAUUAAUGAUAUUGCAAAUGGUUCUGAUAUACGUCUUAUUGGAACAUAUGUUGAAUCACCAUUAAUAUGGUCUGUUAGUACAGGAAUUAAUUCAAUUUAUACUUCUGUUGAAGAUUUGAAAGGUGAAAAAUUUGGCAUUAGUCGAUAUCAAAGUGGUUCACAUUUAAUGAGUUGUGUUCUUGCAAAUCAAUAUGGUUGGAAACAGUCAGAAAUUGAAUUUAUUAUUAAUAAUAAUUUUGAAAACUUAAGAAAAUCAACUAAUGAUAAUACGACAGCAGCUUUUCUUUGGGAAUAUUUUAUGCAAAAACCAUAUUACGAUAAAGGAGAAAUUCGUCGAAUCGGACAAAUUAUAACACCAUGGCCUUGUUUUAUGAUUGCAUCAACAAUAUGUUUUAUUGAUCAACAUUUAGAAGAUUUAACUAAAAUGUUCAAAGCUUUAGAAAAAUCUUGUUUAUUAUUUCGAACAAAUUCAAUAGAUUCAAUAAAACGUAUAUCGAAUAAUUUUGGUUUAACUGAAGAAGAUGCAAAAGCUUGGUUUGAUAAAGUUCAAAUUAAUCCAAGCAAUACAAUAUCUGAAUCAACGAUUGAAACAACAAUUGAUGCACUUACAACAGCUAAUGUAUUAAAUAAUUUAAAUAAAAAAUAUUCUCCAAUCGAUUUUAUUGAUAGAAAAUUUUCAAAACUAAUUGUUGAUAUUAAAUCAAUGCGUCUUUAUAAUAAGCCUGAACUGUUAAUUAUAUUAAGAAAUAAUUUACGUGUUGCUGGUUUAUCCAAAGGUUCAAUAUCUUACACUGAUUUACUUCCAUAUGAUCAAAAUCAUUAUUAUGGUACACAAGUUUUAGAUUUAGCUGUUCAAGAACUUGAACUCAAUAAUGAAAAUAAUAAUAAUAAUUCCAAUUGGAUUAUUCAAAUAGGAUCAAAUUUAGCUGGCUGUGCUCGAUAUUUAGCUGGAAAAUAUAAUUUAAAAGUUUUAGCUAUUGAAUUACAAAAUGAUCUUUCUCAAACAGCAACUGAGUUAACUGAACGAUGUCAUUUAAAUGAUUUAAUUCAUCAUAUAAACGGAAAUUUUUUAAAUGUUGCUCAACAUUUACAAGAAAAUUUUUAUUAUGCUAUUGUUAGUUGGAUAACACUUCUUCAUUUUAAUAGAAAUGAAAGAAUUCAUUUAAUCAAUCAAUCUUAUCGUUUACUUAAACAAAAUGGAUACUUUUAUUGUGAGGACUUUAUUCGUAUUGGAACUAUUAAUUUUGAAGAAUCACAAAUUUUAGAACAUGAUGUUUAUUGCAAAUAUUUACCAACAAUUGAUGAAUAUAAAUCAGUAUUAAUUGAAGGAAAGUUUCAAAUAAUUAAAAUAAUUGAUUUAACUGAUGAUUGGAAAAUAUUUACUAAUGAAAGAUUAGAGCAAUUUCACAAAAAUAAAGAAAAACUACUAAAAAUUCAUGGAGAAGAUAUUUAUAAUCGCUUAGAAUAUUUUUAUGCGUCUAUUGCAAAACUUUUUCAAGGAAAUAAUGUUGGUGGUAUAAGAAUUAUUGCAAAGAAAACAAUUUAA